UCCGUGACUCCUCUCUCUUUCUCGUGUUCUUUCUCCUUCUUUGGAUUCUGCGUUCUGUAAAAGAUCACAUCAGAACGAAGUAGAAAAAAUUGUGAAAAAAAUCAGAAAAAAAAUGGGAUCAGAGACUUUCUUGGAAGUGAUUCUGGCGAUUCUCCUACCCCCCGUUGGCGUUUUCCUCCGUUACGGUUGCGGAAUCGAGUUCUGGAUAUGUUUGUUAUUGACGGUGCUCGGUUAUAUACCGGGGAUUAUAUACGCGAUUUACGUGCUCGUGGGAUGACAAACGCAAACGUAGACGCAGGGAUCAUCAGAUUAUAGUUUCGCGUCUUGGGAUCAUAAGGCCAUGCCUGCUCUAUUGUUCGUCUUAUUUGCCCCUUUGUCGUGUAUAGUUUUAUCUGUUAGUGUUUCCUCAGUUUUGUAAUAAACAAAUGGGUGACCACAGUUCUUUUUUU